GACAGGGUUACAGGGAGGCAAGAUGGCAGACGUGCUGGAUCUUCAUGAGGCCGGCGGCAAGGAUUUCACCACGGAUGAGGAUGGGGACGAGAGCAUCCACAAACUGAAAGAAAAGGCGAAGAAGCGGAAGGGCCGCGGCUUUGGCUCCAAGGGCUCUCGAGCGCGGAUGCGGGAGGAUUAUGACAGCGUGGAGCCGGAUGGCGAGGAGCCCAGGCCGAAGCGCUCUGUUGAAGGCUGGAUUCUCUUUGUCGCCGGGGUCCAUGAGGAAGCCACGGAGGAAGACAUCCAUGGCAAAUUCGCAGAGUAUGGGGAAAUAAAAAACGUCCACCUCAACCUGGACGGGCGCACGGGGUGCCUGAAGGGGUAUACUCUAGUUGAGUAUGAAACAUACAAGGAGGCCCAGGCUGCGAUGGAGGGACUCAAUGGCCAGGAUCUGAUGGGACAGCCGAUCCGCGUGGACUGGUGUUUUGUUUGGGGUCCACCCAAGGGCAAGAAGAGAGGUGGCCGGCGGCGCAGCAGGAGUCCAGACUGGAGGCGACGCUGACAGGUCCUCUGCUGGCCA